AUGUCUCUUUUCUGGGAUCGAUUUCAAGCAGUGGGAAACAAAACAGACUUUGCAUUAACCAUUGCAAAUGCUACCAACUACAAUAGUGCGACAAUGCCACUAUUUUCUAAUCCUGUACCAUCCUGGUUUUUUGUAACAUUGAUACCAAUAUUAUCGACGUUAUUUUGCGUUUUGGGUUUAAUUGGUAACGGGAUGGUCUUAUUUGUACUUAUCCGACUGCUGCCAAAGCAAAGUGUUCCUAACAUCUACAUAAUGAAUUUGGCGUCUGCGGAUUUUCUGUUUUUGCUUGGAGUGCCUCUCCUCAACCACUUCAAUACCACUAGACAGUGGAACUUCGGAAGUACAGUUUGCAAACUUGUAAUGGGAAUAGAUGGAAUGAAUAUGUUUACAGGUAUUUAUACUUUGACUAUUAUGGCUGUGGAUCGUUUUGUUGCUGUGGUAUAUGCCGUUCCAUCCAGAAACUAUAGAACAGCGUCUGUAGCUCGUAUCACAUGUGUUGUGCUGUGGAUACUGUCAGCUAUCACAGCCUUGCCAUUAUGGAUGUACGCACAUGUCGAAAAUAAUAAUAAUAACACUGUUUGCGUUGUAGUAGGUCCAAAGACCAUCGAAUUUGCAUUUUCUGUUUACUCGAAUCUGUUCGGUUUCUGUUUACCUUUAUUAGUAAUACUUGUCUGCUAUGUAAAGAUUUUACAAUACUUGUAUCAAAGGCGUACGCAGAAGGGCAGAAGGUCUCGACUUGGACGGGUGAAUGCUUUGAUCCUUGUAGCAGUUAUAUUAUUCGUGGUUUGUUGGGCACCUUUCUGGGGGAUACAACUUCUAUUAAUGGUGUCACCCAACAUCAGUCUCAGCACUGCUGUGCAAGUGACAUAUUACUGCACGCCUCUACUGAGUUAUAUAAAUUCGUGUUGCAAUCCAAUUAUAUAUACUUUUUUCAAACACGACUUUCGUGAAAUGUUACACGUCAUAUGUUCGGUUAAAUAUUCUAAAGAAUCAUCUAGUACUUACAAGGCAGUUGACGUAAACGAAUCGAAGGGCACACCUUUGAAUUCUCUAACAUCAAUACGUGAAUCUUAA